AUGCAGUUACGGAGAGGCCGCCGCAGCGCGUCACAGCCGGAUGUUGAUACUUGCUCGGUGAGCACAGCGCAGACAGGAACAGCUGAAAGAGAACAACAAAGCCACGACGACGACGGCACAAACAGCCGAUGUGCGCCUAAAACACCCAAAAGCUCGGUGACACCAUCGUUGGCCGAGGCGUUUUGUUGCCCUGAAACGAAUUCAAUAAGCCUGAGUUCAGUCACUCCCAGAGAUUAGACGAUGGGUCGUAUCUUCUUGGACCACAUUGGCGGAACACGCCUCUUCUCUUGUGCCAACUGUGACACCAUUCUGACUAAUCGGUCCGAGCUCAUCUCCACACGAUUCACAGGAGCCACAGGAAGAGCAUUCCUCUUCAAUAAGGUGGUGAACCUGCAGUACAGCGAGGUGCAGGACAGAGUGAUGCUCACCGGCAGGCACAUGGUGAGGGACGUCAGCUGCAAGAACUGCAACAGCAAGCUGGGUUGGAUCUAUGAGUUUGCCACCGAGGACAGUCAGCGGUACAAGGAGGGACGCGUCAUCCUGGAGAGGGCUCUGGUUAGGGAGAGCGAGGGCUUUGAAGAGCAUGUUCCCUCAGACAAUUCAUGAGCUCCCAAUGUUGGAUUAACUUGUCUGGGAAAGCUCACUCCCGUGCCCUCCUCUCCCUCUCCUUUACCCCCUCACCUCUGCCGCUGCACAACACAACCUGCAGACUUAGUGGUCAGUGAAGGUUUGGCUUCACCUCCCCCACACUCCUUCCCUGUCCGUGGUCAAUGACCUUAGACCUCUGCUGAUUAGAAGAUUGGUGUGCUGGAUCUAUUCUUGCUGAAUAGGCUCCCCCUCCCAAAAAAUAGUCCUUGAUUUAUGUGUCACAGGGCAGUCUCCACAAACAGCUGGGAACACCGUUAGGGACUUGACUUAAGUGUUCAAGCACGGUCACACAGAAUUCUCAUCAUCGCUGCACAAGGCAUGCACCACACUUUCAUGGUAAUUAAACACAUGCACGAUUAUAGACAGGUCACUCACAUUUAAAAAUAUCGCUUAGUCGUUUUAUUUAUCUAGAUAACUGGAGGCAGUGGAGCUGAGUAUGAUCAUCGGCCCACUCCACAUGACACUGUUAAAUGAGCCAACUGAGAUGUCACUCUACAUAUUGCUUUUGUGGAUUUGUGCUUCUGUGCUGUGAACUUUGUCUCAGUGUAUUUGUCACUGGUUAGCAAAUAAUGCAAUUUAAGACCAUGAUAGUUGUUAAUUCUGUAUAAGUUAACUUUUUCUUAGCUUGUAGUAGAAUGGAUGUAAUAGUAUUUAUAAUCUCUGUUCUCAUCCAAAUGAUACCGCACAGAUUGAUGUCAUAUUUAAGUAUUCAUUGUUGUGUUUGACAAUGAUAGCAGUUUGAUUUGGAUUUGGCUCACUUGAUGUGUAUUUAUUUUGACUGAAAUGUACACAUAGUGGCUUAAGUGUCCCAUUGCUAGAGUUUAUAGUGUAGAAGUGAUAUCCCACACAGUGAACAGUCUUUCUAUUUCAUUCAGUUCUACCGAUCUACAUCUGUUACCAUGGAUUCUGUGCCUGUGUGUGUGCGCUGUGUGAAGAACAACAUGUCACUUUGGUGACUUGUCAGGAGCAUGUAGCUUUCAGCCAUCAAUGUGGCUGAGGCAGAAUGUGUCUGAGGCGCAAUGGAGACAUUUUCUGGCUGCCUGCUGGCUUAAGGACAGGAUGAUGAGAGGAUGGGUCAUACAUUUAAAAGUAACUGAGUGGUCGUCAAGGACAAGCCAAACGAGCUUCUGAACAACUAAAAACAAAAUGCAACUGGCCUUCAAUAAACAGUUUUCUCUCAAAUCUAAAGAAUAUGUUCAAAUGAAGCCUGUGUUUGACCAUGCUACAUUUAUUUAAACACAGUUCACUGCAGAUGCUGUCUCCUAGUGUUGAGCUACGUUUGGGAUCGUGUCCCACCCUCUUUUUAUAAUCCUGGUCUUUGGGCAUAUUUGGUCAUAAGAUGACGUGUUUCUUACAACACAAAGUCGUGCAAGCUUUAAUGGAGUAUUUAUCUUCAAAUUCAAGCUCUUGUCCUCAGACCAGGCCAGAGCCUCUGUUUUAUAUCAUCAAACUGUAAAAAGAAAAAGAAAAAAAAAAACAAGAGAGAGAGCUAAUUUUCAUGACAUUUGAGGUCAAUUUUGAACUGGGUUAUAGCACAGCUUCGUGGCCCUGGUGUGUCAUUGUGCCAUGUCAGAGUAUGCAUGCCUGCUGGCGUUACCAAAAUGGUUCACACUUGACUAGUUUGACACUGUUAACGUUUUGCUUGCCUUUGCAAGGUCGUACAAGACAGUGGACGUUGUCAUUUCUAUAAAAAAGAUAAAUAUAUAUACAGGACAUUAACAUCAUUUAUGUCCCAAAGUCAGUGCAGUUGACAGUCAGUGGCCACAAUAGAAUAUUAUCGUUUUGUUGUUCACUUUUAGCAUUUUAUUGAUAUGCCAUUUGUCUUUGUUUGCUUUACAUUAUAUGGUUGUUAUUUUAUUGACUGAUCUAUAUCUUUUUCAAUAUUUUUCUUGAGCUGAGAAUUGGAAAAUAAUUGUUUUCUUCUAUUGCUAUGGCAAGAUUUUCUCUGACGUGAUUUCUAAAUAAAAAUGUAUUCUUGCUGGGUUCA